ACUCAAAAGAAAAAUCACAAAACGAACAAUGGAUAUUAGCAAAAUUAUGGCUGUGGUCGUAGCCGUCGUCGUCCUCUACUCCGUCCAGACUACGGCACAAAACCCUCAGGCGAUGGCUUGCGUGCAAAAACUGUUGCCGUGUCAGCCUUACGUACACUCGGUGAAUCCACCUCCUCCAUCGUCGUGUUGCGGGCCGUUGAAAGCGAUGGUAGAAACAGACGCACAGUGUUUAUGCACCGUUUUUAACAACCCUGAGAUACUCAAAGCCCUAAACCUCACCAAAGAGAACGCUCUCGAUCUUCCCAAGGCUUGUGGAACUAACCCUGACGUGUCACUCUGCGCCAAACUCGCUUCUUCUCCGACUAGUGCGUCGUCAGGACCAACCAACGGUACCUCUGCCGCUUCUUCCGUCAGCUUUAAUCGAUUUAGCUUUUUGUCUGCUUUUGUGGCAUUGAUCUUCUUUUGA